CCUCUCCAACUCCCCGCCACCCAGACCACCCCGGGACCCUUUGACUCUCCUCGUUUCUCCGUCCCUCCAACCAAAAACCUCUCAGCAGGAAUCCCUCCUCUCUGUCUGUCAACGACUCAACUGCACACUAUCGGCCGAGUCCACUUCAACAGUUCCUCUGAUUUAACCCGUUGCUGCUGGGCCUUUGCUGCAAAGUGAGCGGCCAGCUCCAUCGGCCAGACGUCCGGUCUCCCCAUUCGGUUGGAAGGCUCCCAGCCACAGGUCACAUGACCUGGAGGAAAAAACCUGGGAGACUUUUGGGAUCCGUCUUCGGUGACUGGCUGGCUGGAAUACCCCCCUUCCACUUCUCUAUUUGAGGACAUUCCAUUCCAGGACGGUGCUUAGGUCUCACCCCCACUCCUCCCCCAGCAUGGAGCCCACCAAAGUCCAGUCCGAUGGUGGCCUCAAUGUCACCCUUACCAUCCGCCUCCUCAUGCAUGGAAAAGAGGUUGGAAGUAUAAUUGGAAAGAAAGGUGAAACUGUGAAAAAGAUGCGAGAAGAGAGUGGAGCACGAAUCAAUAUUUCUGAGGGCAACUGUCCAGAGAGGAUCGUCACCAUAACUGGACCAACAGACACCAUCUUCAAAGCAUUUGCUAUGAUUGCAUACAAAUUUGAGGAGGACAUAAUCAAUUCUAUGAGCAACAGCCCAGCGACCAGUAAGCCCCCAGUCACCUUAAGGCUGGUGGUGCCUGCCAGUCAGUGUGGCUCCCUCAUAGGUAAAGGGGGCUCCAAGAUAAAAGAAAUGAGAGAGUCCACAGGGGCCCAGGUCCAGGUAGCAGGGGACAUGUUGCCCAACUCCACAGAACGAGCCGUGACAAUCUCUGGGACCCCAGAAGCCAUCAUCCAGUGUGUCAAACAAAUCUGUGUGGUCAUGCUAGAGUCUCCACCAAAAGGUGCCACCAUCCCUUAUCGCCCAAAGCCCGCCUCCACCCCAGUCAUUUUUUCUGGUGGCCAGGCCUACACAAUUCAGGGACAGUACGCCAUUCCACAUCCAGAUCAGUUGACCAAGCUCCACCAGUUGGCUAUGCAGCAAACCCCCUUUACCCCCCUUGGACAGACCACCCCUGCUUUCCCUGGUUUGGACACCAGUCCACCAGCCAGCACCCACGAGAUUACAAUUCCCAAUGAUUUAAUAGGCUGCAUCAUUGGACGCCAGGGAACCAAAAUAAAUGAGAUUCGACAGAUGUCAGGAGCGCAAAUCAAAAUUGCGAACGCCAUGGAAGGCUCGUCAGAGCGCCAGAUCACCAUCACAGGGUCUCCUGCCAACAUCAGCCUUGCCCAGUAUCUCAUCAAUGCCAGGUUCAGGGACGUGGCAGCCAUGUGGAAUGACCCCUCAUCUAUGACUACAUCCUGAAGUACCCCCAAAUCUGCUUCACAAUUAACCUCUCUGUGUUACCCCAUGGAACCUACCCUAGAGUCCCUUCGUUUUGCAAAACACUUGUGCAUUAUUCAUUGGGAGACCUACAGUAACGGUCAGAUUUACACCGGGAUGUUUUUGAAGUGGACGUAGCCAGUAUAAAUUUAAGAAUAGUUUGACAUUUUGGAAUCCUGAGUUAUUAGUCAUUUUUGCUUUGGAUUAGAAGAAUCAAUACCACUCUCGGAUGUUUUUUAAGUAAAGCUAGAUCCGACUGGAAACAGCUCGUCUGUCUCUAUCUCAAGGUAAUAGCAUCCAAGCGCUUCUAAAACUCGCAAAUUGACAUGGUCGCCGAGAAAAUCUCACGUUGGCGUUAGAGCUCAAGAAAGCCACUGUAGUUUGGCACACAACCCUCUUCGGAAAGCCUGAAGGUCACAUUUUAAACUUCGCUUUUUGUACGAGUUACAGAUUCAUUAUACAAUUGUCAGAGCUUCAUGCAUUGUCAACAUAGCGGGGCUGUCUGUGCAUUCCUUUGCAGGUCAUGUGAUGGCGCCCCACAGGCUCAAUAAUGGCCACCGCUGCUCUGUGCUCAUAGUACGGUUACAGCUGAUAACGCCGUAGUCGUUCCCCCACAAGUUAACACUGUUACCCCUGUAAACACUGUUGCCGUUGCCUGCACUGUUAGCACUGUUAGCUUCAAGCUGCGUUGAAAGCCACCUAAAAGGCAAAGGAAACACUCUACAUUUGAAAUUCAGCCACUUUAAAUCAAAUGAGAUGUGAUAUAAUGUGCGAGGUGGUACAAUGCGGAGUCUGCUAAGAAGGAGCCAUGGUUCCAGGUUGUAAGCUAUGCUUAGCUAGGCUAACCGUUUCCUGACUUUAGCACGCAGACAUGAGAGUGGUAUUCUCAUCCUACUGCAAGAAAGGGGACUUUUCCUAAAAUGUUAAAUUAUUCCUUUUAGUAGAGUUUUAGUCUUCAUUUAGCAUGAAUAUUAUCCUAUUUAUUUUUGUCAUCGCUAUAAUACAUCGACUUCCCUAUUAAGUUCAACUGUCAGAGUUGAGUAAAGAUAAUAAAAAAAUUUAAAAGAAAAAAAGAAAAGUAAAAAAGACUAAACACGUGACUGCCACUAGAGCAAUACUGUUUGAAAUGCAAUGUGAUGCCUCGGUCAGGGAUUGCAGAGAUUUUUACAAAUCCCAUGACACAACCAUUCUUUUCUGUCCAUUGCAUGGCUUCAGGAAGGGGGUUAGUGUUGCAUGGGUAUGUUACCAUAUUUUCUAGAAGCUUCGUGUGAAAAGGGUACACAUCUGUGCUUGAGUUUCUGCUGACACCAGUUCCAUUUUUAUUCUCACAAAACCAGCCGGAGCAGCAUGACUUUCGAGAAAGUUCUUUUUUCACAGCUUUUUUUUUUUUUUUGUCCCCCCCCCCCCCCCCUGCUCCUCCCCCUGCCUGGCUCUCCCUUAACUGUUCUAGGCUGAUGUCUGAAGUCACUGGAAUGGGCACACUCUAAUUUCUACCCAUCUUCCUUCUGUGCACCACAUGACCUUUGAGUGAAUGGCAUUAUACCUAGAAUAUUUAUUUCUCUGUAUUUGACUUUGCUGAUAUUUAGGUGCUUUAUGGUUUUUUGUAUUUACUGUGAACCUGGUAUCUGCACUGUUUUUGGGAUGCCUCACACCUCUGUCCCUGUUGUUUCUGUUUCUGAAAGGUCGCCUUACUUUUUUGACACUCUAGUACCUUUUCAUCUGCUUCCUUUUACCUCAUGAUUUAAUAUGUCACUGCAUUUUUCUUUCUUGCUCUGCAGGCACCCAAAAGUAAAUACAAAGUAAACCUAAAAAAACAGUAGGCGAUUCAAACAAAGCUUUUCUUUCACGCACCAAGCAUUCUAUUCAAUACAUUACCACUAUAUAAUUACAUAUAUCCAUGUUAAAAAAAAAAGGUGGAAAGGACGACUGAAGGGUGAAAGGGAAUAGAUCGCGCCGUGAACGGUCUUAUGUGAGUUGUCACACUGACUCCAAUUUCAAAUGACCUCAUAGGCACAGGAAAAUAAACAUCCACUGUAAGGCACAGACAUCCAUCUUUCAGAGUUUCCUACGAGAACUGCUGAAAAGGUUGGGAGAAUAAAUGAAAAUAGGCAAAAAGGUUUUACGGUGAAGAGUGAGAUUCAUAUGGUACAAAUAAACCCUGCCUUAUUUAGAUUUGUUAUUUCGGCUUCCAUCUCGUAAUGGCUGCAUAAGGAUCAUCUGCUAGUUUGGGAAGCAACAAGCAAACAUUCCUGGUUUGCAUGUAUGAAAUAGUGGAAACAUAUGUCCCUUACAUGUAUACCAACGAUGAACCAGUUGUGUGGUUUUCCAGCUUUACGUCAGUCAAUGAAGUUAAAUUAAAUCACGGCUUUACUAUAAAUUUCUGUCUACAGUUACCAUCAAAUACCUUGGUUACAACCCGCUGCCUAUCAGUUUAAGCUGUUGUUGUUUCUAACUAACACAUGCACAACCUUUGUCUUUUUCAAACUCAAGCUGAAUGUAUUUCAGAAUGUGUUUUAAAUGCAGUGACAUGUUUUAAAUCAGGCACGUGGAAUAUGAUGCAGAAUGAUUAUUUCUGUGAUGUAAGGUAUCUAACAUUAACCAACCUUUCUGUAUGUUCUGAAAACAUAUGAACGGAGGCAUCUGCAGUCCUCAUUUCAAAAUGUGGGCAAUAAGUUAACAACAAUUAUGUUGUCAAACUGGACAUUUCGUCUCAUGGAUGACAGGUAGCUUCUAUUUAUAAUACAUAUAUAUCUUAUAUCAUAAUAUCAUUUUAAUCCCAAAGCCUGGAUGUGCUGUACUCUGAUGAUAACUAAUAGGAAUUAUUUUGGGGGAAUAUUGCAUCACUGCAGUUUAGGCUCAGGUACUUUUGAAAAUUGAUAAUAAGUUGGUUAAGAGUCAGAAUGAUUUUGUUGAAACCAAGCUGCUUUACAUUAAACGGAUUUACAAAUUGUUUGUCACAGUUACAUUACAAAUGUAAAUCUCUAGAGAAGCACUUUGUUUCAGAUGGAGGAAUAGCUGUCAGAGAGCGAACUGUUUUAUUUAAAAACUCCCCAUUAUUCAUCAUUCCGCAGGUUCAAGGUGCCUGCUGAUUAUGCGCAGCCAAGAUGGGUUUUAAAUUGUGACCUAUUUGCGAACUUCUGAGUUGCCUUUUUUAAUACCACACAUUUCAUAAUCAUGGCAUCAUUUAUUUGCUCAUUAUUCCACAAGGCUGUGUAAGUCAAACAACUUUUGUUGUGUUGCUUUUGUCGUUAUCAAUGCAUUAAAACUUUUUUGUUUGUGUGCUAGAGCAACAAAAAAAAGGCUAUAUUACUAUAUGAGGCUGUAUGAGGAAAUGUGUUUGAUCAUGUUUAGGUUUGAUCAUUUGCUUCUUGAAGGUCCGUGUUGUAUUUGUUAAUUAAGAAAUGUUUUGUAAAAAGAAGAGAAUAAAGUUUGUGUUUUUCUUCCCCGGA